AUGCAUCAAUUUCUCGCUGCUGUUCUUAUUAUUGCCAUCAUCUAUGUUGUGAACGGUGAUAGAUGCGGUCAAAACUGUCUCUAUUCUAAUUGUCCUGCCACAUGUCCAUGUGGAAGAACAGCAAACUACGUUUCAGCUGGCUCUUACUGUUCACAGUACACGGAUUGGGAUCAACAAUGUUGUAAGUGUAUUGUUCAAGCUGAAUCACAAGGGAAUGCCAAUGCAAUGAAUUACAACACGGGUGGAACAUGGGAUAUUGGUUUAUUUCAAAUAAAUCAACAAAAUUUUGCUUCCUGUAACAAUGGUCGAUAUCCAUGUGAUCCACAGCAGAAUUUAGCUUGUGCAAGAAAAGUAUGGCAGUGGGGUGGCAGAACAUUCAAGCUAUGGGCUACAGUUAAGAAAUGUAGUGGUCAACUUGGAAAGCAAUGUGGCUGA